AUCCGUCUUGCUUGCACUGUCAAUGGCAGAGGUGAAGUCUCCUGUUCAUUCACCUCUGGGUCUUGUUCAGGUUCGCUUCACUGCACACUAUUGAUGUCUUUCGUUGUUGAAUGAGCAGUGACUUUUUGUUGACUGUUUUAUCGGUGCUUGCUUGCUUGCGGUGCGCAGCGCUUUCCUCCUCUACCGAGCAAUCGCGCCUGCCCACCAGACCGUUCGUUACGCACCUGCGUCCUUGAACUAAUUACUUACCUUUGAAACGACUUUCUCUUCUGACAAACUCGAUUCUUCAAACUUAUUCCAGAAUUCUAAUUCCUACGAGGCAGAAAAAGAGCACAGGCUUGUGCGGUUGGACUUCAUACAUCUAAUACUCAUCCAUUUACCUUCGAAGAACACCAGCUCAAGAUUCUCAUCGGGAGGAAGUCACGAUGAUUCCCUUGCUGGCCUUCGUGGCCUUCAUCUUCUCCAUCCUCUGUGCCGGCGUCAAUGCCAUUCCCACCAUCACGGCCGUCGGGUCCAAAUUCUUCACAAGCGAGGGUAACCAGUUCUACAUCAAAGGUGUUGCCUACCAAUUGGUCGAAGACGAUCCGCUCGUGAACAAGACGCAAUGCCAACUCGACGCCUCCCUCAUGAAACAGCUUGGAGCCAACUCGAUUCGAGUCUACCACGUAGACCCUUCCGGGGACCAUUCCGGUUGCAUGAACGCCUUUGCUCAAAACAACAUAUACGUUUGGGUUGAUAUGGACAGCUUCAAGACGUAUAUCCAGUUGGAUGGCGUUCCUUCGUGGACAAAGAACAAAUCCGACUCGUAUCGAGCUGUCAUGGACAACUUCCAGCAGUACGACAACACUGCCGGCUUUUUCGUGGGCAACGAGGUGCUCAACUCCAAUGCUGACUCGGCUGCUGCUCCUUACCUACUGUCUGCUGCUGUUGACCUCAAGAACUACCGUGAUGCCAAGGGUUACCGCAAGAUCCCCAUUGGCUACUCUGCCACCGACACUGCUAUUCUUCGGCCGAUGCUACAGAACUAUGUUGUCUGCCGUCCUAACGCGACGGAGCGUCUAGAUUUCUACGCACUGAACAGCUAUGAGUGGUGUGGAUCGAGCCCAGACUACAAUACUUCUGGAUAUGUUGGCUUGCAAGAGAGUGCUGAAGGGUACCCUAUACCGAUCUUCUUUUCCGAGGAUGGUUGCAACACAGUACCGCCAAGAACCUUCAAUGACCAGGCUGCAAUCUUUGGUCCUGAAAUGGUUGAUACAUGGUCGGGUGCCAUUAUCUAUGAGUGGAUUCAAGAGACAAACAACUACGGUCUUGUCACCUACGGUGCGGCUGGUGGUGCCAACCAGGGCUCGGUUGUUGUUGAUGGGUAAAUAUGCCAGGCUGGCAAACUGGGACUUGAUGUGAACAAGCCCGUGCUGACUGAUGCAGGUUCACGCGUCAGGGGAUGCCUACGCCAGUCCAGCCCGAUUUCAGCAAUCUCGCGGCUCAAUGGUCGACAUUGACCCCCACCGGAGUCAAGUCCGCGGCGUACACACCAAGCGCAUCUGCGCCAGCUUGCCCAACUUCGACCGCAGGAGGAUGGACCGUGGAUCCCAGCUCGCCGCUGCCUACCCUUGGAGCGGUAGGCGUCACCCCAGUUUACCCCUCGUCCGCGACUGGUGCAGCAAGCAGCACGUCGGGCGCUGCUACUUCUGCAACUUCUCAAGGCGCAGCUGGCAGGGUCGGCCCAGGCCCUUUCCUUGCAAACAAUGCAGGCUUGAUGAGCACUGUCAUUGCACUGCUUGCAGUUGGUGCAGGAGUCGCGUUCUGGCUGUGAGAUUUCUCAUAGGAGAAAUGUGUAAUUUCAUGAAUGAUGAUGGAGAGAAUUGCGAGAAGUGUUGAUCCGGGAAUAACUGCGAUCACAAAAGAAAUAAUAUGUGGAUAGCGAAGCAUGAUAGAAGAAAAGCUGCACAUUCUCGCCAGAAGAAGUCGUAUCUUAUGUAUCGGCUGUGGUGCAAUAGAGUUCUAUGAAGAGACUUCAAUCGAUAC